UCGUCAACUGCCUUUCAUCUUCUUGACUCAGCUUCCUCUGCCUUCCCAGCAGGAGGAAAUUUUGCUCACUCCCACUUAUUAUGGCUUUCUCUUCGCCACUAUUCUCUCCUGUUAACUUCGCCUUAAAUCCUAACUCUCAAAUCCAUCCUAAAAGCACUAAACCCAACCGCCGGAACUUCUCCGUCUGCGCCAUUCCGCCACUCUCUACUGCCACCGACAUCUCGGCGGUCACCGGUCCGUUGGACGGAACGACUCUCGCCGUACUCGGUGGUGGUUCCGUGGCAGCACUUGCAGCUAUCCUUUCGCUCGCCGACCCCGAGCGCCGGCGGCAGCUGCAGGCGGAGGAGGUCGGCGGCGGUGACAAGGAGGUAGUCAGAGAGUAUUUCAACAACAAUGGGUUUCAGAGGUGGAAGAAGAUAUAUGGCGACACGGAUGAUGUGAACAAAGUGCAGUUGGACAUAAGACUGGGCCAUUCUAAAACUGUUGAGAAUGUGAUGAAAAUGUUGACUGAAGAGGGGUCUCUUCAGGGAGUUACUGUCUGCGACGCUGGUUGUGGGACCGGUUGUUUAUCCAUUCCGCUAGCUAAAGAAGGUGCUGUUGUAUCAGCUAGUGAUAUUUCAGCUUCCAUGGUCGCUGAAGCCCAAAAACAGGCGCAAGAGGAGUUAUUCAAGGCUAAGGAUGACCAGUCCCCGGCACCAGUAAUGCCAAAAUUUGAAGUGAAGGACUUGGAGAGUUUGGAUGGGAAGUAUGACACUGUGGUCUGCUUAGAUGUUAUGAUACAUUACCCACAAAGUAAGGCUGAUGGUAUGAUUGCUCAUCUUGCGUCAUUGGCUGAGAAUCGUUUGAUCCUGAGCUUCGCCCCAAAGACAUUCUAUUAUGAUUUGUUAAAAAGAAUCGGAGAGUUGUUCCCUGGACCUUCAAAGGCUACACGAGCAUAUCUACAUGCAGAGGCUGAUGUGGAGCGGGCACUGCAAAAAGCUGGGUGGAAGAUAAGGAAGAGAGGCCUGAUUGCCACACAAUUUUACUUUGCAAAGCUUAUUGAGGCUGUCCCUGCUUAGGAUUGAAAGGUCCUCUGUUUGCUCCAUGUUGUCUGCAGUAAGAGGAGACCGAAUUCCAUUUGGGUUCCGGCUUGUCUGAACCGAACACAGAACUGGAUUUACGCCCCCUAUGAGUUCUUUCCUCUGCAAUCUUCUUUCCUUCUAUGAGAACAAGUGUUUCUUGUCUGGUCCAUCGCGAGUGUCUUGGUGUUUUACUUUUGUCAUCUGUGUCUUCAGUUGGUUUUUGCUGUCCAUCAACCAAGUCAGCUAAAGAUGUGGUGUUCUCAUUCAUCUCUGUUGAGCCUAAUGUCAUUGAGUUUUGUUUCAGAGGUCAAUUAGGGUGAGAUAACAUUGCACAAAAGGGGACAGUAUAAAGAUCUUUGGGGAUGGUCUAUUGGUGGAAAUUUGUCUAUUGCCUAUUAUUGUGGGAGAGAUUACUAGUUUCAAGAGAUUUACCAAGUUGAUUUGGUGAUUGAUUUCCAAACAAAGGCCUGAAUUCUUUCUUUGGGGAUUGAAUUUUAAAGUCUUUCUUGUUCAAGCACUGGAUUUCCUAAGAGACAAUACCCAUUAAUUGGACAGAUUUCUUAAAGUA